AUGAACCCACAUAGCAGAUCUCACAGCAAAUGGCAGAUCAUCACCAUAGAGUUCAUCCUGUGAGGGAACCAGACUCUCCGGCGCGGCCCAUAACUUCCCCUCUGGUCCCUCCCGGCUCUGCUGUCUCCGAGAAAGGGAACCCAUUAAAUGCUGCUGCACACCGGCGAUGGAAUCAUGGCUUGGUGCCCACGGAGCCAUCGAAAAGCUGGAGGAGGAGCAGCUGCUGCCGGUGCUUGUGUUGGACUUUCUGCCUCCUCUUCCUUCUCAUCAUUGCCAUUGGCAUCGCCGCAGGAGUCCUCUACCUCAUCUUCCAACCGAAGCUCCCGAAGUACUCCAUCAACAGUCUCCGCAUACUCAGCCUCAGGCUAAAUACCGACAUGACCCUGUACGCGAGAUUCCGAGUCAAUAUCAAUGCCGAAAAUCCAAACGAAAAGAUUGGGAUAUAUUACAAGCACGGAGGUCAGCUUAGCGUAUGGUACAACAGUGAGAAGCUCUGCAGUGGGUCGCUCCCGAGAUUCUACCAGGGCCAUGACAACGUGACGCAGCUGAAAGUGGACAUGAUGGGGAGGACGAAGUCCGGGAACACACUGAUGGCAGCCUUGCAGGAACAGCAGAACACAGGACGGAUCCCACUGGACUUGAAGGUGCAGGCGCCGGUCGCGAUCAAGUUCGGGAGGUUGAAGACGAGGAAGGUGAGGAUAUUGGGAGAGUGCUUGCUGGUGGUGGAUAGCUUGAGCAGUAAUUACUCCGUUAGUAUAAAAGCAAGCAACUGUGGGUACAGAUUGAAGCUCUAGAGAUGGGUUGCUAUGAAAUUGCUCUUAGCAACGAUUUCAUAUGGUUGUAGUGUUAAGAAUUCUGAAGGUAAUGCAAGAAUUAUUCGAGGACCGAAGGUAUCGAGUACCUCUGGUUUCGGCGAACAAUCGCUUUAUUACUGUUGGAUUAUGAUAUGAGAGAUAUACACGAUUGGUCAGAUGUAUGAUUAAGUUAAAAA